AUGCGAGUUCUGUGCACUCUUCAAGAACGAUGGAUGGCUGAGCGAAAAGCACGAAAGUCGAUUCGCUUUGAAACCGAUCCAGAAUGGCAGCCAGAUGAUCGAGUAGUUCUCUUCCAAGAGUUCUAUAAAGGAAAUCGAACUUGGGUUCUAUUAGACUUCGACCGAUAUAUCUUAACCCAGUGGCGACCGCGUGGCUCUGAAGUGAUUUUCGGCGCCCGAUUUGUGGAAAAGAAAAUGCGUGCCGGAAUGCAACUGUGCGCUUGGUGUGGAAUGAUUGAACAACAGCCCAACCAAUUCUCACAAUUCAUGGACGACAAAGCCGUUUGCUCACCUCAAUGCUGGGAAUUAUUGCAAGCAUCCACCAAGACUACUGAUCCUCAAACGAAAUAA